GCACAGGGUCCCUGCUCAGGCUGAAACCACCCCGAUAAACUCGGUGCACGCGUUCCCUUCUGCCUACACGUUUUCCCGUCCACAAUGCAGUCCGAUCACCCAAUUGCCACACCAAGGCUGCUGGUAACGGAGCGAAAGGAUUCUCAACUUAGAUGAAGGAUCGCCAACUGGGGAGGCAUACGAGGCGCUGAUUUGCGGUCCGUUGCAAUGCCACCGCACUGCGUACGAGCUAGCGACCGUAGUUGAAGGCUGUUCCGGCCGGAUACGGCCCUAUAUUAUGAGACCGCUAUUGACGGGCACGUCCUGGUGAUGGGUCUGCUGCCCUAAGUAAAGAAGUCUGUUCCUGCCGUUUGGACCAUGGACCCCAGGCCAUGUUCUUCAGUGUCCCAACCCUGAUCUUCCAGCGAAAAGGCUUCUCCGUGAGCCUCUCUUGCUCCAUUCUCUGACCAUGUCGACCCAAGGGUAUACGGACUGCGUCCCUGGGACGUUCUACGGGCUCGAGAAUAAGGAGGUCAAUCCGGGUGACAUCCUUCAGCUCCGAUGGGGCGCGAUCGACAAUGGAGAUACUCCACUCAACAUCUCCCUGGGCCGCGCCGGAGGCACCCUCAUCGACGAAAUCACGGUGGGCGCGAAGUUCACCACCACCAGCUCGCUGUACCAACUCGUCGUCAAUGAGACCGCCAACUGCACCCUGGAACAAUACACAUGGGCUAUCCCCAGCGAUUUCAACACCACCAACCCCCAAUACCAGAUCGGACUGUUCAACGCCACCGCCAAGUUAGGUACCUACGGGAUCGAUUUGUAUGGCUGGAUCAGCUGGAGUGAUUACUUCUACGUGCGCGAAAAGGGCACCGCGACGACGACAGCCACCACCUCAUCCACCACCGCGACCUCGACUGGCUCCGCACAGUCCACCGGUGUCGCGACCUCGAUCACUUCUUCCUCCGCUUCCUCGCACAGCUCCAGCUCCAGCUCAAGUAGCGUCGGCAUUGGCGUCGGCGUCGGCGUGGGUGUCGGUGCCGCCGCCGUGAUCGGGGCACUGGCAUUCUUCUUCCUCCGUCGGCGAAAGAAGAGGCAGAGGGCUCCCGUCCCCACGCAGGAGACGAGUGAGGUGGCGGGAUCGCCGCUGUACGAAUUACCGGCCCCGGCGAAGAAGCAGCCUGUGCAAGAGGGGACGCAGAUGUACGAGCUGCAAGGAUGAUUGAUGUGGUUCUACGAUUAAGAAGAGAGGGACCCUGCUGAACAGGAUCACUUGCUCGCUAGCAAUCUACUUCAAGGAAGGGGCCGGCCUUGGUAGUGAACGGGAAAGCCGCCUCAGCGAUUGCGAGUUCCCGGCACUGUUCUGGAAGCCCCCGCCCGGCCUUACUCGCAACCCCCCGUCCACCACUCUGGAGAUGUGCACCACCACCACCACCACCACGACUGUCUGUGCGAAUCACUCCGUGUUCACUAUA